AGAAAGAGGGAUAGACUGCUUCCAAGCACGGUACAGUACACUUCACCGCUACCCUGGAGAGAGAGAGAACACCAUGACUGAGUAGCAGAGAGAGAGAGAGAGUGAGAGAGAAAGAAAGAGAGAGAGAGAGAAAGAAAGAGAGAGAGAGAAAGAAAGAAAGAGAGUGAGGGAGAGAGAGAGCACUCUCUUCCUACCUUCAACUGAGGUUCAGCUGAUUCCUACACUAGUAGACCCUCAGAUUCCGACGUGUCCCUGGAGGACGACCCGGAGGCGUCUCGGCUUGAAGCCGAGCGCCAGGCCCAGCUGCAGUUGGAGAGAGCCAAGUCAAAACCCGUAGCAUUUGCAGUGAAGACCAACGUGAGUUACUGUGGGGCUCUAGAUGCGGACUGUCCUGUCCAAGGUGCUGCUAUCAACUUUGAAAGCAAAGACUUUCUACACAUAAAAGAGAAAUACAGCAAUGACUGGUGGAUUGGUCGGCUGGUGAAGGAAGGGGCAGACAUAACCUUCAUUCCCAGCCCGGUGAAACUGGAGGCCAUGCGGAUCAAACAGGAACAGAAACAGGCCCAGAGGAAAGCGGCGAACUCAUCGUCGGGCUGGAGAUCCACACCACCUAGUGCAGCCAAGCAGAAGCAAAAGCAGACAGAGCAUCUCCCACCCUAUGAUGUUGUUCCUUCCAUGAGGCCGGUGGUGUUGGUGGGGCCCUCACUGAAAGGCUAUGAGGUAACAGACAUGAUGCAGAAGGCCCUGUUUGACUUCCUGAAACACAGGUUUGAUGGAAGAAUCUCUAUCACGCGGGUGACUGCUGAUCUGUCAUUGGCCAAAAGGUCUGUAUUGAACAAAAAGGCUAUCAUGGAGAGGUCCAACACACGCUCCAGUCUUGCUGAGGUCCAGAGUGAGAUUGAGAGGAUUUUUGAGCUGGCUAAGACUCUACAGCUCGUAGUUCUGGACGCAGACACUAUCAACCACCCAGCACAGCUCCUCAAAACAUCCCUGGCUCCUAUCAUAAUUUACGUUAAGGUGUCCUCUCCAAAGGUUCUUCAGAGGCUCAUUAAAUCUCGGGGGAAAUCUCAAAGUAAACACCUCAAUGUACAGAUGAUGGCAGGGGACAAACUAGCCCAGUGUCCAGCCGAGAUGUUUGAUGUGAUCCUGGAUGAGAACCAGCUGGAGGAUGCAUGUGAACACCUGGCAGAGUACCUGGACAUCUACUGGCGCGCCACUCACCUGCCCUGCUCUGCCCCCCUCAACCCCCUAUUGGACCAGAGCGUGGUCACCCCGCCCUCCGCUAACUCCAGCCAACAGUUCUCCGAGACUCAAGAGUUAAUAGAAUGAUCACUCCCUAGCUACCACAGGUCUGGAUGUGGUAAAGAGAUCAAUCCAACUCGACCAAAAUUCCAUGUCAACGCCAUUCAGAAUCUCCUCAUUGCCCUCCAUAAAAAUGUGCCUACAUUUAGGCUAUUGUUUAUAUGUGUAUUUGACACUAUUUUGGAGUGAAAAUCGGAUUAAAAUGCUUGUAUGGAUGUCAACCCCAA